AUGGCCGACGGGAUUGCUCUCGAUCCAGGCUUCCGCUUCCGCCCUUCCGACGACGGCCUCAUCACCCUCUUCCUCCGCCCCAAGAUCGCCGAGGAGCCGUUCGAGGAGCGCAUCGUCAACAACGCCGACGUCUACUCCGAGGAUCCGGCGGAACUCGUCGCCCAGCACACACGGGUGCCGGGCACCCAAGGGAACACCAGCGUGUGGUACUUCUUCUGCCCCCCGCGCUACACGAGCAAGCGCGCGAGCUCUGGUGGGAGGCGGCAGCGCGCGGUCGGCGGCGGCGGCGGUGGCGGCGAGAGCGUGUGGAAGUCGGAGGGUGGCAAGAAGCCCGUGAAGGACGCGGAUGGCCGCCGCGUCGGCUACCUCCAGAAGUUCUCCUACGGCGUGUACGAGUCGUCGGGGUCGGCACGCACCUUCACGAGGCUGGGGUGGUGCAUGACGGAGUACAGUCUCGACGACGACGCCGUCGGAGCAGAGAAGCAGGUGCUCUGCAAGGUCUACCGCUCGCCUCGCGCGGUUUGCGCCGAGGCGCGCACGGAGGCCGCUGGAUCGCCAUGCUCCGGCUCCAAGAGGAAGGCGGACGCCGCCGUGGGUGAUCUCUCGGAGGAGGCACCACCCAGCGCGCGGCCGCGGCAAGAGGCCGGGAGCGAGCACGAGCAGCCGAACUUACCGCCGGCCGAGCCUUUGCCGACGAUGGAGUUGCCGGCGGCGGCAGCGAAGACGAGUUCCUCCAGACGGAGCAACAGCAGCCGGAGUUACAGCUAG